AUGGCAUUGGAAUGGCUUGGUGCUUAUGACGAAUGGGAGGAAGCAACAAUACCAACAGACAGCAUGUUGACCAUGUUUGACGCGAUGGGAGAUGUAAAGAAUGAUGAUGGGAAGAAUGUAAAGAUGAAAGACAAAAUAGCUGGUCAAAAUAGCAAGAAGGUGGUGGCGGCAUGGAAACCCGGUCACUGUAGGGUGGAGGAGAUGCUAUCAAAGAAGGAGGGAUCUCAUAGACGAAGUUGGAUGUCGACUGUGUGGAAAGGGAGUCGAAACAGUAGGCCACUUAAGGAUGGAAUGCCAAACGCUGAAGAUGGCCAGAUGCACACGUGGUCUGGUGGAGAAAGGGGAGAACUCACGGAAAGGCCAAUGGAACUGCCUCAUACUCCGACCGACUCCUACACUCUGCUUGUUAGAAUUGCAUGGCACAAGCAGACGGACACAAGCUGCAACGCAAGGACACGAAGGCACACGAUCAAUUAA